AUAAUUUUUUAUGAUUCUUUUUCUAUUACUUCACUUGCAUUUAAGCUCAAGUUUCAACCUUUAAUAAAUCUGAUCUAUAUAUCACAGCAAAAGCCAGUUAUUUUGCACUGUAUAGCAACUUUACUUUGUUUUUUCUUGCUUUUUAAAUGUGUGUAUUGUUGUUUGUUUGACCACCAUGAUUUGUGGGGGCUAAACUUCAAUAUAAUCAUUGUUGCCCCUGCUUUGUUAGGCAAGAAAGCUAGUGUUCUUGAAUUAGCGUAUAUUAGCUGUAUUAAUCAACUACCCAUUUGGGUUUUUAAGGCAUUAUUUUGUUUGUUUAUUCAAUGGUUUGGUUGUGAUUUUGACUUGUUGAUUUUGUGGAGAAUUUUGGGUAAGGUGGUGAUUUGUGUAGAAUGUGAAAUGAGAGGUGAAGUUUGGGGUUUUGAGAGAUGGGGUGUGUGUUCGGGAAAGAUUUAUCGAGUUCUAGGCCGAGUAGUUCCGGGGUUGUAGCUGUAAGGGAAAGGGAUAGAGUGGUAGAGAGUGAUUUGUCGAUUCCGGUUGAGAGAAGAGAGAAAGUUGUGGUAGAGAAUGGCGAGGGAAGGGAAGGUGAUGGUGAUGUUCAUAAUGGUGGGGAUCAGGAGCGGAAAGAAGGGAGGGUUCGGGGACGUGGUGAGAGGAGACGAAAGGCAAAUCCAAGGUUGAGCAAUCCUCCGAAGAAUGUACAUGGUGAGCAAGUGGCUGCUGGAUGGCCUUCUUGGCUUUCGGCAGUUUUAGGGGAGGCAAUCAAUGGCUGGACUCCUCGUCGGGCAGAUACUUUUGAAAAGAUCGAUAAGAUUGGGCAAGGAACGUAUAGUAAUGUGUACAAAGCUAGGGAUACUGUUACAGGAAAAAUUGUUGCGCUGAAGAAGGUCCGGUUUGAUAAUUUGGAACCUGAGAGUGUUAAAUUUAUGGCUAGAGAAAUUAUAAUUUUGCGUCGCCUGGAUCAUCCGAAUGUUAUAAAAUUGGAAGGCCUGGUGACAUCAAGAAUGUCGUGUAGUUUAUACCUUGUGUUUGAAUAUAUGGAGCAUGAUUUGGCUGGACUAGCUGCAAGCCCAACAAUCAAGUUUACGGAGCCACAGGUAAAGUGUUACAUGCAUCAAUUAUUGUCAGGUCUCGAGCACUGUCAUAACCGUCAUGUGUUGCAUCGAGACAUUAAGGGUUCAAAUCUUCUUCUAGACAAUUCUGGGACACUUAAAAUUGCUGAUUUUGGUUUGGCUUCCUUCUUCGACCCCAAACACAAGCAACCAAUGACCAGUCGGGUUGUUACUUUAUGGUAUCGACCCCCGGAACUUCUUCUUGGGGCCACUGAUUAUGGUGUAGGCAUUGAUCUUUGGAGUGCUGGCUGCAUUCUAGCUGAAUUGUUGGCGGGAAAGCCUAUAAUGCCUGGUCGUACUGAGGUGGAGCAGCUACACAAGAUUUUCAAGUUAUGUGGUUCCCCUUCUGAAGAAUAUUGGAAGAAAUCGAAGUUACCACAUGCAACCAUAUUUAGGCCCCAACAGUCGUACAAACGAUGCAUAGCUGAUACGUUUAAAAAUUUCCCAGCUUCAUCACUGCCGUUAAUUGAGACUCUGCUCUCAAUUGACCCAGCUGAGCGCCAAACUGCAACAACUGCACUGCGGAGUGAAUUCUUUGCUACCAAACCUUAUGCUUGUGACCCUUCAAGCCUUCCGAAAUAUCCUCCCAGCAAAGAGAUGGAUGCAAAAUUACGGGAUGAAGAAGCUAGAAGGCUGAGGGCUGCUGGAAAACCCAGUGCUGAUGGUGCAAAGAAAACGCGUACCCGUGAUCGAGCAGCAAGAGCAGUCCCUGCUCCCGGAGCUAAUGCCGAGCUGCAAGCAAAUCUUGAUAGGCGGCGCCAAAUCACCCAUGCAAACGCAAAGAGCAAGAGUGAGAAAUUUCCACCUCCUCACCAGGAUGCAACCCUGGGUUAUCCAUUGGGAUCUUCACAAAGCAUUGAUCCAGCCUUUGAUCCUCCUGACGUUCCAUUCAGCUCCAUGAAUUUUUCAUACGCAAAAGCACCCAUGCAAACUUGGUCCGGCCCAUUGCAGGAUCCUGCUGGUGGUGGAGACCCGAGGAGGUAUAAGCCAUCAAAAAAGGAUUCGCAGAGAAGUACGAGUUCUGUUCGGACCAGACAAUAGAGAAAGGUGUACUCUUUCCAUAUUACAAAAGUCUUGUUAUGAUCUUUAAAAGCCUAUUGACACAGCAAUACUAAACCCCACAAACCAAAUUUUGAUCAGUUGUAAAAUUGAAAACUCAACAAUAUCGAUACUUGAAAGUUGAAUCACUUAAAAUAAAUGAAAUUUCUGCUGAUUUCAGAGUUCAAAAAUUACUGUCAAUUACAUUUAGAGGUUAAAAUGAGAUUAGCAAAAUGCUAUUUACACAUUUAUCAGUUUCUUAUACUUGUACGGUGAGAUCUAGGAACCAAGGUAAGUGUACUGUUCAUUCUUUUUCUUCACGGACAGUGUUUUAUAGUAAUGUAAUCUCGAAUUCAAGUGAAAUCGAGGUUAUUAUAUUAGUUUUUUGAAGAAAGAGGGUAUUAUAUUAGUUAAUAUUAUGCGUCCAUAUCAACCAUUCUUUUUAUAUCUAUCAUGGUUGUAAAAAUUUGGAAUCAGAAUUGAUCGGUUUAUAUUUAUUAUAGUUGUAGAUUUAGAAUCAGAACUGAUUUUCAGGAUUUAUAAGAGAUUUUUUCAAUUAAUAAGUGAUAUUAAGUCAAAUCAGAAUCUAAUCAGAUAUUUUUUAAAAUUAAUCCAUAUUUAAAUCUAAACCAUGAUAUAAUAUUGAAAGAAAUAAACAAUUUAUGAAUAAAAAAAGGUUAAGAACAUCGAAAAAUACUUACAAAUGAAAAGACAGAAAACUUUCAACCUGGUAAUUUACUUUUAAUCCAGAUAUAAAAACAUUAAUCCUUAGUUCUGAUGGAGUAUAUAUAUUUUUCUUAUAUUUUUGAAAGCAUAGUAUAUUUUUUUAAAACCUGAUGGAGUAUAUUAUUUAUAAAAUAAUUCAAACAUACAUACGGAGUACAUAUUUUACAAAAUUAGAAACGUAAUAUAAUGAGCUAAAGGUUAACUAUAAACCCUAAUUAUAUUAUGCGUGAUGGCCCCUUCGAAAAAGAAGAGUAUUCAAUCUAUAAAGGGCGAGAAGAGAAAGAAAAAAUUGAAGAAGAAGACUCGACCUUUUUUUACUCAUCCUUAUUAUACUAUGCGGGAUGGCCCCUUCGAACAGGGCAAAAUUAACCAGGGUGACAUGGUUGAUGUAUCAGAGCUUCUCUUGACAGGGAUUUUCUCAUCACAUAUAAUCACCGUCAUCGUCAGGUUCAUAAUUAGUAUACUAAUUAUACGCUGUGCUGCAUUCAUCAUUUUGAGAGCAUUCUAUUUCGGUAAUCAGGGGUAGCGGGGAUCGUGAUGAGUGACACCCACCUUUAGUUGCUUUCGUUGUUAGGGGCUAUAAUAAGACUUUAGAGCUUAUAUUUCUAUUGAUUUCAGACUUUGUUGGAUUUAUUAUCAUGGAGUUUCAGACUUUAUUAUCCAUAUUGACAUUUUGGUUGUUAAAUUAUUAUAUUAUUUCUGAAUGAA